GAUGGAAAGGUUCGGUCUCACUCUGCUCUGCACCUUUAAACCAUCAGAAGAUAAGAUGCAGCUUGUUGUUCCUUUGGGGAAACUCAGCAUCUCUUCAUCUACAGACAGGCUGUACGAAGCAGCCUCCUUACAAUCAUUCAUACUGUGAAAUACGUUUAUUUAAAAGUCAGUGUUCAUACAUUCACCAAUAAACCGAUACAGCCAAUAAAAAAUGCUGCAGGAUUCAGCUCAACCAUUUCUCUUUCCUUCAAGAGAAAAUAAAAUAUAGUGAUGCAGCAUUUGCUCCUCAUUGUUCUACUUGAUGUAUUUUUACUACACCUGUGUAUUCUUUGCUCCUUUUGAUUGUUAGAUUAAAUGUUCGCGUCAACUCAAAGGUUCAGUACACCAACACCGUACAUUGGUUUUUUUAACCACGACCACAGGCUGUACCUCUCUCUAAACAAGAAGUUUCAGUUAUCGAAACUCAAACCGACUUCACCGUGUGAACAGCGACUGUCCUCUCUCAGAAGCGAAGACACAAGUAGAGUAAGGUUGUUUUAGCACUGCAGAACCCCUUCAAGAGGGUGAAAGACGCCUGAGACUGGGGUUCAUGUCUUUUAACCAACACUACAGCCUUUCCCCAAACUGAACAAAGUAGUUUUAGCUGCCUAAACUCAUCAGAAAAGAGAAAAUCCAGCGUAUGAAAGCCUGAUGUCUCUUCUUCCUCUGAGCCACGGAGCUCCAUCAGAGAUCACAGAGCUGCACAUCAUCACACAGCGUUACAGCUUCACUUCUUCAUCUCUCAGAACCACCAAAAACUGGAAAUGGGAAAAAUUUACAAACACAUCAGAAGCCUCUUUCUCUUCUUCAAUGGGCUGUUUGCAGUCAUCGGAUGUAUGAUGAUCAUCGGGCUGCUGAGGGCCACCCCCCAUAGACACAAGCUGGAGACGGCUGGGAGCCCCAACCUGGGUUGUAUUUGGAUGUUUGCCAUCGGCAUCCUCUACAUCGCCGGUCUGGGGGUCUAUGCAGGCCGCAAAGAGAACACAUUCGCCCUCAAAAUAUUUGCAGGCUUCAUGGGGGAUGGACUUAUUACCAUGACGAUCUUUGGCAUCAUUCUCACUGUUGAAAGGAACGAGGUGAAAAGCCGCAUUCAGGCGGUACAGCCCUUCAUGUAUGACAUGGAAAUGAGAGAGCUGCUUAAUAAGCUACAGAAAGAGGUAAAGUGCUGUGGACUGGUGAGCGCCGAGGACUGGGGUGAUGAUAUCCCUUCAUCCUGUGGGUGUAACUUACUGAGAGGAUCUGACUGUAAAUCCAAACCUCAGGGAACCUCAGGCCCAAGCUUCAUCUAUAAACAGACCUGCGGUGACCACCUCUUUGAGUCGGUCACCUUUGUCUUAAAGAUCGGCCUGGGCUUCUGCUUUGGAUUUGCUGUCACUGCACUGCUGGGCCUGCUGAUGUCCCUGCUGAUGAUCCAUCAGAUCAAACGUCAUGACAGCGCAGCAGGAGCGUCCUUUGCCAUGACGGGAUACUGAAGGGAACCCUCCACCCCUGACCUUCUGCGCUGUAAAGGAGGACUCAGUGGUCAAUUCAUGAUGGCGUCUUUGUUUUGCUAGCAAAAGUGUUGUCUCGCAGCAUUUGUUUUCUUCCAGAUUUCUACUCUAGAAAACAUUUUUGUUUUAUGCAUCAUUAUAUCUCGUGUUAUUUAUGCUGCAUACCAUCACGUCAGACGAACUGACAGAUGGUAUUAUUUUGUUUCUGUGUUACAAACUAUUAUCUGUUAAACUGAGAGAAAAGUCUGGUGUUGGUGGUAAUAAGCAGAAUUUCAGAGAGGGAACUUUAUGCAUGCAGGCUGGAUGCUGCUUUUUCACAUCAACCACCAAAAUAUGUUAGAAAUAUAACGUGGAAAUUAACUGCAAUUCUCCAUCAAUCCACAAGGUGAAGCUGCAACAGAAAGCAAAACAGAAAAGUCGAUUUAAACAAGUGUUAAUCUGCAGUUCUGUUGUCAGAAACAGAACUAAUCUGCAGAGGCUCUUUGGGUUCAGAACAUCUGAAUGAAAUAAAGUCCAGGUCCAGGUGGAGGUCCAGGUGGAGGUCCAGGUGGAGGAGGUGUCUGAGUGUGCAGCAGAAGGAGUGGAGGAGUCUCAGUGUGUCUGCAGAGACUGUGUAGAAGGACAGAGCAGCAGCAGAGCAGUCCAGAUCCACUGAUGAUACUCUGUCACAUCCAGAGGAACACACAGGGAUGAUGGUGGUUCACAGCUCAACAUUAUUACAAAUAAAUUUUAAUAAAUAAAAGGAAAAGCAGCAAAUAUUCACACGUGUAAAGCUGGAACCAUGAAAUGUUUUCACAUGAAAAAAUGUAGCUACCAGUUAAUGUCUCUGUCAAUGUAAUAAUCCUGUACUUGUAUUGACUGUUGGGUAGUUUCAUUUAUAAAAAAACAACACAUUUA